AUCAAAAUAAAGGCACAGUAUGUCCCUCUGUCUCUCUGCAGACAGCUCCUCAACCAAGAACAAACUCUCAACAUACACAGGACAAACACUCCUGUCACAAACAUAUUAUUUGGGGUGAGGAAUUGUGUUGUGGACAGCUCACUGACCGUACCCAUGGCUCUACUGAAGUCAGGCUGGCUCUGGAGACAGACCUCUAUCCUAAAACACUGGAAGCUGAAUUGGUGUGACCUGUGGAUCGAUGGAACCCUGGCCUUCUACAAGACGGACAGUAGGCGAGAAUUUGAGCACCGAGUGGGCCUCAAGACCAGCUGUGUGAGUGUCAAGUCUGGCCUGGAGUGUGCAGGUCUCUCUCCCCCAGAGAACCACCCCAGGGAAAACCUGGUGGUGGUGCAGCUUAGAGACAGUACCACAGUGAUCCUGUGUGCCAACAGUGAGGACGAGGCACUAGCGUGGAAAUUGACAAUUCUAGAGGUGAGACGAAACCCAUUUGUGUAUGACCCGUAUAACGACUCAUACCCGUCCGUCCCAAUGGACGGCCACAACACCAUCUACCUGGCUCCUGGAUCAGGUACCCACCACAUACUGAUCCAGAGAGACCCGUACGAUGGCAUAGGAGAACAGGUGGCACUGGGGCUACUGGCGGGCAUGGCGGCAGGCGCUGCUAUGCGCUCCUUUCUCUGGAUGCCCUUCUUUUUCUGCUGAUAUAGAAGGCCUCUAUAAGCAGGGAGGCACAGCUGGGAAAUGCCCAGGCUCAUAUAUGUAGUAGUGCUGCUGUAGGCAUCACUCCUGAAAGUUUUAUUUUCUUGUCAUCCUUUAAAAGUAAUGAUACCUUAAUAGAAAUGGACUCAAGUAAAAGCGAAAGUCACCCAGGAAAAUACUACUUGAGAAAAAGUCUAAAAGUAUUUGGUUUUAAAUUUACUUAAGUAUCUAAAGUAAAAGUAAAUGUAUACAUUAUUUCAAAUUCCUUAUAUUAAGCAAACCAGACUGCACAAUUAAAAAUAUAUAUUUUAUGGAUAGCCAGGGGCACACUCCAAAAAAUAAAUAGUAAAGUACAGGUACUCCAAAACACUACUUAAGUAAUACUUUAAAGUAUUUUUACUUAAGUACUUUAGACCACUGCCGUUGCAGAAUAUGGGUGCACGUGUGUGUGUUUCUGUCUGUGUGUGUGUGUAUCAUCAUUUGUUGUACAUUUGUCCUUAAUGACAUAGCCUAAAUUCACACAGCAUAUUUAGUAGGAAUGUACAGUACCCAUCAAAAGUUUGGACACAUCUACUCAUUCCAGGUUUUUACUUUAUUUUUACUAUUUUCUACGUUGUGGAAUAAUAGUGAAGACAUCAAAACUAUGAAAUAACACAUAUGGAAUCAUGUAGUAACCAGAAAAGUGUUAAACAAAUCUAAAUAUAUUGUAUAUUUGAGAUUCUAUUCUUAUUUACAAUAAAAUUGACUCCAAAAUCACCCAAUG